AUGGUGUUCCUAAGUUUGUCGCGCUGGAUUCGGAACCGAGGUGCGGAUCGGUACUGGAAGGUUCAGGAGGUGCUCAAACAUGCUCGGCAUUUUCGAGGCCGAAAGAAUCGUUGUUAUACCUUGGCAAUACGAGCUGUGCGCAGAGCCUUUGUAUAUUCAACAAAAGCCAGAAAAGUAAAGCCCCGCAUCAUGAGAACGAUGUGGAUAACGCGAAUCACUGGUGCGCUUCAGGAACAUGGCAUGAAGUACCACAACUUUGUUGGUAAUUUAGUAAAAUGUCAGGUAGCUUUGAACCGAAAAGUAAUGUCUGACAUGGCCAUAUAUGAACCCAAAACAUUCAAAUCCCUGGCUGCACUAGCCAAAAGAAGAGGUGAAGAAGGUUUGGCAUCUGCCCUUGGAGAUGAGAAGGAGCCUGAAGGAAUAUUUUCACGUGUGGUCCAUUAUCGCUAG